AUGGCCGACGACAAGAAAGCGCCCCCGCACAAGCAGCGCAAGCGUGUGCCGUUGGCGUGCUUAAUUUGCAAGAAGAGAAAGGUCAAGUGUGACAAGCAGAAGCCCACCUGUAGCGAGUGUAUCCGCAACGGCGUGGCGCACAUGUGUGAGUAUCUCGAGCCUCACUGGUCCAGCGACGGUGGGGCCAAAAAAGACCACGACAGAGUCGAAGACACCGACGCCUACAAGCAGUUGCAGGCAACCAAGGAGAAGGUGAUCUUUGGCCAGCGCCAGGAGAUCGAGGACUUGAAGCGCCAGUUGCUGGUGCUCCACCAGUUGCUGCCGUCACAGCGUCCCGACCAGGGGAGUGACCACCACGUCCCUAUCACCGUUCUCACCACUUUGAGUCCGUCUGCACUGAACAGCAAGAAGCACUUCAUGGUGAUGGACGACCACAAUUACUCCAUCUGCGCCACCCUGGGCACUGCCAGAACCACCACAUACACCGACACCUACAGCUGGAUCAACCUCAUCAAGUUGGACCCCCAGUUGACCUCGUUAUGGUACAAGAUCACCAACUUGCAGAAGAUCUACCACACCUACAAGAUGAACCAGUUGAUUGAAAACACGGCCAGCGCCAAGACACGGCCUGCAAAGAAGUCCGACUACAGAAUCAACGAAAUCGACUUCACCUACGCCGUCAGUUCGCCUAUGGCCAAGCCAGACUCCGAAAAAACAGGCUCCCAGGAGUCCCAGCACCGGUGCCCGGUGAUCGAGUGCGAUUUCAACUUCAUGAAUGAGGACAGCCAGGACCAGUCUAAUCCUUCUCGUUCGUCGUCGCCCUUUCCGGUGUUCACCAAGUCGGACCUGGCCAUGCCUCCCAAGAAGGACUUCUUGAUGACCGACUACGAGGACGUCAACGAGAAGAGCAAGCGGACCCUUAUCAAGAUCCAAAACUUGUGGAAUUCUGUGUUGAACUUGAUCCGAGGUAACGAGCCCUUGAACUACAAGCAGCUUUACUUCUUGCUUGAUUUCUACUUCAACGACAUAUCGGUGGAAUCAAAGAGCUUGGUGGGGCUUUACAAGCUUGAAAUCCAAGGAACCAUCAAGAAAAAUGGUAAUGAAAUAGGGUUGAACUUGCUGAGCGAUGUCAAACCCCCGAGCAGCCCCCACCCCCAAUCCGACCAAAACCUCUACGAGAGAUUAUUAACGAAGGGGGUGUAUGUCUGCUUCUUGGCUCUUAUUAUAGAUGAGAGUUUGGAAAUUUUACGAAUGAAAAUCAAAUCGAGUAUCAAGGACGAUGCGUGUGAAAAGUUCAAGAUGUUGUUUCCCACUGAAGUGGCCUACGCGAACGAGAUUUAUAAGGGAAACAUUUUGGGUGUGGUUCAAGAGUUUUUGCUUCUUGAUCGUAAUUUGAGAAAACCAGGAGUUUUCACCGAAACUGAGUUGGCAAAGUACGAUGUACAAUUACCCAAAUCCGUUCUAAAAUUGAUGGCGCCACAAAACUCAACACCCACUCUUUCUCAUAUUUCAUGUUGUGUCUUGUUGUUGAAUCGAGGCUUAUUGUGUUACAAGAAGGAAGGUUCAUCGUCUGAUUUGAAAUCAGGAUACACAUCAAUUUUCUCGCACGUUUUGAACUGUAUUUUGAACGAAUCUAGGCCAGUUGAAUUGUGGAAAGAUCCAAAUUAUGUAUUUUUGAAGGACUCGAAGAGAAAGAACAAAGAUUUGAAAAUACAUAUUUGUUACUUAUGGACGGACCUAAUCAGAAUAACGAACUUGAUCACAUUCAACUACAUUCCCAUUUUAAAGCAUUCUGAAAAAUUGGAGAACUCGAUGCAAGAACUUUAUACUAGAAUUGAAGAAGCCAGCGCGUCUCAGAGUCAUGUGCGUUACUUAAACGAAUUAAAAUCUUCAAAGUAUCACGAAUUGAAAUCAAUGUUGCAAGCGCAUUAUUUGAUUGCUAAAAUCUCGGGAGCUAUUACCUUCGGUAUUAUGAAGUUUGGAGAAGUCAGGUUAAAUGUUCUGAAUUUGAGAUCCUUGAUUACAGAAUGUGAUGAGUGGAUUGGUGAUUUACAAGGUGCAUUGCACAUAGGAAGAGAUGGAGGAGACAAUGGAAGACUCUACAUAUUGGAUAACAACUCGUCAAUACGUGGUUACAUAGAUGACAAUAAUAUCUCACAGGCAAAACUUGGGGCAGGAACCUUUAUCAGAAAGUUUGAAGUAUUUUUGGUGUUGAGCUAUCUUCGGUACUUCAUGAAAUACAUUAUUCUUCUUCAAAGUGAAUGUUCGAUGGAAGAGAGUCUAAUCCAAUCACUUUUGCCCGGAAUUUUCAUAGACUUGUUCCAGUUUGUGGAUCAUAUACGCAAGCUCGAUCUCGUCAACUUGAAGUCCUCAAGUUCUCAAUAUGUUUUGCUGGCCAUAAUAGAAGUGUUGACAAGAGUUAUUCAAUUUGUGGUUGGUGUGUUGAUUAGAAUAAGACAAGGGGAAUCAUCGGCUUCUACAGAUGCCCCAUUGAGAAGAGAAUUGGACAAGAUGAGGCCAGAAAUCGACAAAGCUGUAAAUGCACAGUUUGGUUGCAACAUUGAUGAAUUUAUAAGUACCCAGAUGGUGGGAGUGAUUGAGGAUACGGUAGGACUUUUGGAAGGUAUAUUGAUAGAUAAGGAUAAGUCCCACAAGUUGUCGAAGUUAUGGAAGUUCUACAUGACAUUUAUCACUAACUCAAGCAAAAUGAACAUUAUUCAUUCGAACGUGCCCGAAUUCAAAGUCGAUCAAGCUGGGCGUAUUCCAAAUGGUAGUCCUGAAAAGGCCGUGAAGAGUGAAUUUAAGAGGUGUCCAAUUUCUCAGAUCACUACGCCGAUGGACACCGACUUUUCACCUCCAGCUGAUUUAUCAAAGGGUGCCAAGAAGUGUCCAGUCAAUCACAGUCUCUUGCCCGACCCAAGUCCUCCCAAGGCAGGAAAAUGUCCUGUCAACCAUAACCUUUUGUCCGAAACCAGUCCUGCCAAGGCAGGUAAAUGUCCUGUCAAUCAUGGAGCGUUUGCAAUGCCUAAACCUGGCAGUCCUGGAAUCACUACCAUGAAGAAUGAGCAGAGAAAGAGAAAGUGUCCAUUCGACCAUACUAUGUGGAAUAACCCUGCCAUUGGCAAGGGGGUAGAAAGUAACAUCCGAGGAAAAUUACACGGAGAAGCUCCAUUAUCUGCACAACCCAGUCCUCCAGUGUUCAAAACUCCUACUCCCAAACUUGAAGAAGCGGUUCUUCCUCCUCCAAUUAUGAAUCUUGGACCAUUACCGCAAGAAAGCACCGAAACUGUGGUCACACCCAGUGCAUUCCCAGGAAUCUCGGAAAGACAGGCAUUCGACGAUUUUGACUUCGAUUUCCUCCACAACGAGUCAUUCUUUGAACAAUUGAACUUUAGCAACGGCUUGGACAACAUGCCAGUGGACGGUUUCUUCCAGUAG